AUGUCAGCGUCGCACCAUCCUUCUGCCGGCUGUCCUUCCAGCCUCACAUCUGCCACCUUACAACUGCACUAUCUGGCCGAAGGAGCCGCAAACAUCAUCUACAGCGUCUCCGUGCUUUCCCCCCCGUCACUUCUGGAUCAUUCGCACUGCUGUGUCAUGCGGCUGCGCAAAGAUCUCUCCUUCACGAAACCCACGGUCAAAGUGAUGGAAGAUUUCCAGAAUCGCAUUGCCCCGCUAUUCACCGGUCAUGAGAACCUGCUUAUGGAGCAGGUGUUGUAUCGAUUGACGCCGGAAAUGGUGCAAAACGCCAAUGCCGAGUUAAAGGAGAUGGACGACGUCGAUUUAUCGGCGUUGUCAACGGAUACUGUCAGCGCGGAGGGCAACCCGAGUGGCAAAAUCCGGCAUCAUCACAGACGACAUGUGUACCUCCCUGUAUUUGAGGAGGAGCAACAUGGGAUUUUGAUGCAAAAUCUACAGGGCCCUGGGAUUGACUGGCUCGUCGAAUUUAAGCCCAAGUGGUUGGUGCAGAGUCCCAGCGCGCCGGCCAACGCGAAGAAUUGCAGAACAUGCGCUCUGAAUGCGAUGCGCCGACAGGCCCGAAAACAUCAAGGCCGAGGAGAUUCGGGAUUCUGUCCUUUCGAUUUGCUUGUUGAGAGAAGUGAUGAGCCGGGGGUCUUGGAGAGGGCCCUGGGGAAUAUUUGGCCCGUCGAGGAAGGGGUCGAGAAAUUUGUGGAAGUGUUUAAGGAGAAAGUCCAGCCUGCUCUGAAUCAUUUGGUGACGCUGCAGAAAGAGUACGGGUCUGUUGGAUUGGAGGAUUUCCGAAACCCUAAGGACAAGGACUUUGGCGUCGCGAUGGCAUUAAGGGAUUGCAGUGUUUUCCUUGCUCUGCAGAGGCAGCCGGGUUCGGAUGAAGGAGAUGUCGAGGUGAUUGAUGUCAAGUUCGCAGACCUGGAUUUAAAGACGACAGAAGGAGGAAAGGUCCAGAAAUGGGCGGCCACGGAACAGGAACUGCUUGACGGUGGAUGGUACGAUCAUCUUGAAGGGUCGAAUUGUUCACUCAGUCGCCAGUUGGGAUAG